AUGCGGCGCGCCUCGCCGUACUCGUACGCCGUCUUCGAGCGCCUCGUCCAGGAGCACUUCCCAUUCCGGCGCCGCCUCUUCCAGUUGCACGCGCUGCUCCUCACCUCCGGCGUGCUGCUCCUUGACCUUGACCCCCGACGCUCCUCCCCGCCGCCGCCUUUCCUUACAACUGCCUCGCGCACGCGCACCUCCGCGUCCCUGCCGCCGCCCCCUCGCACAACCCGACCGCACCGCUGCGCCUCUUCUCCGCCAUGCUCGCCCGCGGCGGGCGCCCCGACCGCCACUCCUUCUCAUCCCUCCUCAAGUCCGCCUCUGCCUCAGGGGGCGCUCCACGCACAGGGCCUCCGCCGCGGCCUCGCGGCCGACCGCUUCGUCGCCUGCUCGCUCGUCAGCGCCCACGGCUGA